GACUCUCCGUUUUUUGGUUGACGCGUAAUGCGAUUGAUUUUUAUGCGAGUCUUACUUAAGCACCCUGUGCAGAAGACCGUCGCAGGGCGUGCGUCGUGGGCCCCAGCAGCUGGCUGCAAUCCGACGACAGGGUGAUGCGCGAUCCACCGAAUUCUAAUUUUCACGUGCGACCAAAUAGACACACCACGUGUUUUAUGUGGCAAGAAGCAUGAUCCUGCCGUGCAGCACACUUCUCUCCUUGAUGCCAGAGGGCGAGACUAACUUGGCACGUCAUCGAAGAUGGCAAAUAUUGUGUGUGAUCUUCUUGCCACUUUCAAGAGCAGAUCGUCGAGCUCGGUGUCAUGUCCGGUGUUAAUCCGCGGGUUUCCGCGGCAUAUAGACACGGAGUUGACUGGUCCUCACAUACCCCGCGAUUCCGCGUUCUCAAGCACACCGCAAGACUGUUCAAGUCCGCUUGAUCUGCCUGUUUAGCAUCUACGGCGAUGACCAGCGAAGAACAAGAAGGCGCACGCCAGUUUUGACGCAGCCGCGCGAUGUGUUUCCCACCGUGUGAUACACGUGAAAAAGAUAGCAGCUGCGAAAGCGUCAUUUCCAAAGUCCGAUGGCUCUGCUGAAGCUUGUGGCGCUCGUCGCGUACGCGGCCAUGUCCGUGCUUGGUCAGGACCACCACAUGCGCGCUGCGAGUGACAUGCCUGCAACGCCGGUCCCAACGCGCCCGACCUUUGGCCUCGAGCUCUUCGACAAGCUCGUGCAGUCGCUCCAUGUCGUGCGCAUCCCCAACCAGCCGCUGAACGCGACCGAGUUCAACCGCACCAUCCUCCUCGUCGAAGACUUUGUCAGCAACCGCACGCAACUUGCGGCGCUCAACGAAACGCUCGUGCGCUCGUACCUCGGUCGCCUCAACACGACCGAGAUGAUCUCGCUCUUCGAAGUCGUCUCCAAGGACCUUACGAUGAACGUGACUGGCAACGUCUUUUACUACAAGGGUAACGCGUCGUCGAGUGACGACACGAUUGUCGCGCUGGCAAAUGCGCCUACUACAGCCGACGCAUCGUCGGCGCUCACCGUCGGUUUUGCGUACGUCGGCCUCGUCGCGGUGAUUGCCGCCAUCGUCAUGGGCGUUAGUAUCACAAAGGACCACACGGCGCGGACCAAGCUUGAUGUAAAGGUCGACGACGAAGGGGCUAGCGAAGACGCCGAAAAGGUGGACGACGUGCCCAGCACCAAGGACGUGCUCGACCCUGUCGUCGUCUAAUAGCGGAUUCUGGCAAAUGAAUGUAUCCCAUUUUUGCGAGCCAACAACCAGCGACGCCUCUGUGGA